CGUUGAACCAGCCACCCAUCCACCCACCGGUCAGGCAGGCCUGUCCGUUUCACCAUCCAUCCAUCCAGCGCACACUAUGCUCCCUGCGUCCCUCUGCAUAGCUACUACAGCCAUCACUCACUCUCUCGGCGCAUAAAGCGCCUCACCGGCCCGACCUACCCAGGCAGCUAAGCUACGGUACCUGCACACGCCCAUAUAUAGCACCAGAGAGACACAUGGUCGGGAGAGCACCAAGGCACAAAAAACAGACAUGUCUGUAUGGUAUGCAAUCAAUAUACAAUUGUAUGUACACCCACAGAUACCCCACACCUACCGACAUUUAUUCGCACAUGAAAACACGAGCACACACGUGCACACGGGGAUGGAUGGAUCGAUGGAUGGAUGGAUGGAAAUGCCCAAAAUCCGACGAGACGCGGAUGCUGUCGUUCGGCGGGUACUGUACUUACCUCCAAAACCGCCUGUGUGGCUAGCAUUGACACAGAAGACACAAGAUCGAUCCCCCCCGCCCCCUCGCCCUCGUCCACAUCACACCGCCCGCAGUAGUGCAGUCACAGUGACAAUGAGGCCACCCCAUAUCAAGGCCGCAUCACGCAAACACUUCUGGCCACCAGGGCAUGCACCGCUCGUUGCAAGAGCGCUGACGACCUCAUCGCCAUGACCAUUCUCCACGUCCACCCCUUUCCCGGCCUCAGUCUCACUGACACCCACCCCAUCGGCCUCAUCAGCGGCAAACAACUCAGGCAGCCGCCCACACAUGUCAAACUCCUUUGGCGGCGGCUGCACCAGCUCCGGCUGGACAGAAAAGGUGAAGCCCAUGCCCAUCGCGAGGUGCCAGUCGAUGUGGCAGUGGAAGAGCCACAUGCCGGGGUUGUCGAACUUCAUCCUCACCACCACCCACCCCUCGACGUCCUGCGGCUCGCCCUCGACCACACGGGCGGGCAGCAGGGUGGCGGUGUCCCGCUUGAUGGGGUUGACGGUGUUGAGGUUCGUCUCGUCUUUGGCUGCGUCGUAGGAGCCAUAGCCGUGGCCGAGCACCCAGAAGUCGUAACCGUGGCUGUGCCUGCAUCCAUCCAUCCAUCCAUCCGUCCAUGCGUGUGGCGUGCCUACCAUGGGUGCUGCUCAGAGAUGCCGUUAAUCGCGUAGGAGUUCUGCACAAGCAGCACAGCACAGCACCCUCAGCUUAGUCACGCCGGUAUGUGCGUACGUCAGUCCUCGUGUGUGAGUGAGUAGCUGCAUACGUGUAUGGCGAGAUCGAUGACUUCCCCCAGCUUGACGUCCACAAUGUUGCUCAUCCGGCGAUCCUCCUCCGUCAGCGCAUCCGCCUUCGACAGCCACAGCAGCUGCACACACACACACGCACACGCAGCACACAACACACACAGAGGAUACGUGCUGCUGUGUGCGUGUGUGUGGUGCUCAUGGAUACCGCACGCACCGGUGCGUCAGGCAGUUUCAGCAUGUCCCCGUUGAUCUUCCACACCACGUGGUCGUUCUCCUUCCAGUGCGUGCCGUUGACAUAGAUCAGUCGGUCGGCGGGGGGCGGCGCCUCCGUGUGGUUGGCAAGACCAACCUGCACACAUUCCAGCCGCCAGCCCAGAUGAAUGUAUAUCAGUGGACUCCCUCUCUCUCUCUCUCUCCUCCGCUAACGCACCACUUCGUCUCUGUUGUCCAUCGACCACCGCUCGUUGACGUGCUGGUCGAUCUCCGGCAGCACGCCCUUGACCACAAACCCCUCCGUCAGGUUGGAGCUGUUGGUCGCCGUCCAGUGGCUCGACGGUGGGUCCUCGACCGGUGCGCCCUUGUAGCGCACAAUGAAGUGGCCCCAGAGGUCGGCAUUUCUGUGGCGGAUCUCCAGCCGGCCCCAGUAGCUGCCGAUGGGCUGGUCAGCCUUGAGCAGCACCGAAUACCUGCAGCCAGGCCAGGCAAAGAGGUGUGACUGACUGGAUGCACACGGAGGGGGGCGACGGGUAUACCCUUACCUUGCGGCAACGUUGAUUUCGAGAGCGUUGACUGUUUUGGGCUGUGUGUAGUGUCCCUCGGCCUCCACAAUGGUGAGGGGGUGAUCGUCGAUGCCCAUCGAUAGCAUCAUCAACGGACCUGCACCAACAACAAACAGGUCACCACACCCCACCCACCGACCCACCCUCCCUCCCGUGUCGUGUAAGCUGUCGGCUGACCGAAGUUGGCCACUCGCAGCCUGUAUGUCUUGCCCUGCUCCACUUCAAUCACCUCAUAGGGACACGCCUCGCACACCGACACGUCCAGGUCCGUCACAGUCGCAUUCUGACCGAUCAAACGAGGGACCACACAGGGUGGAUGGAUGUGUACGUCUCUCUGCUCUUGGCUCCCUCUCUGACUGACUGACCUCCAUGCAGAAGUCCUUUGACUUGCCGUUGACGAGAAUGCUCUCAGCGUUGCCGGCCCACUGGAAGGGCGCAGACAUCAGGCCAUGCACCAGCUCCUGAUAGCCCUUGUGAUACCUGUAAAACCCCACCACUGACUAAGAGAGAGAGCCUCGCACGGCAGAAUUCCUGUCUUGGCACGCACCACUCAUGCAAGACGAGAGGCAUCUCCUCGUCGUAAGCAAACGGCUCCUGCUCGCCAUCAGGAGCCUCGAUGAUGAACAGCCCCGCGGCGCCCAUGCUCUUCUGUCCGACGGUGUGUGAGUGCCACCAGUGUGUCCCGGGCUCGUCGUUGGCGUGGAAUCGGUAUGUGAAGGUGUCCAUGGGGGCGAUGGGGCACUGCGUGACGUACGGGGUGCCGUCCAUCCAGGGGCUGCCGCGCUGGAACUGACCGUGCCAGUGAAUCGACGUCGACUCUGAGCACACGGACGGAGGGAAAGACAAACCAAUGGCGUGUGUGGGUGAGGCGCGGCGCGGCGUGUAGUGUGGGCACCCGCAGGCAUGUUGUUCUUGACGUGCACAACGACUUCCUCGCCAGGCUUGACACGGAUCUCGGGACCGGGGUUCAUACCUGAAGUGCAGGGCAGCAGACAUCACACGCGCAACAUUGCAAUGCAACACAGAGGGCGUCACUGACUGGACGGACCCGUGGGCGGCCGGUGCUCACUCACCGUUGACAAGAAUCGAGAACCGCUCGUGGCAGUCCCCGCUGAAGUAGCCGUAUGACACAUCGAAAUGGUACUCCUUCAGGCACAUCCCCGGCACAGCCAACACGGCAGCAGCCACCGCAACGGACACCAGCACACGCAGCAUCUCCACUCACUCAGACAACACCGGAACCUCACAGAAGGUGGCCGCAGCGCACUAAGCUUCACAGAAACAUAUCUUCCGACGGCCGCCUCCUCCAAUGUCCACAGAAGACAGCUCUCUCCCGCAUCUAUAAUUUCCGCAGCACCAUCUCUCCGCUGCGCUAGGCGCCUGAAGCAGCAGGGCUCCUUAAUUCCGCGCAGCACAACGCCGUCCGGCACCUGCC